AACGGCUCAAAACACUAAUUCCUCCACUUUUCCUCCAAAAUCUUACUUUUCUCUCAAACUCAACUUCAAAAUUCCGGUAAAUUUCAUCAACUUGCAACCACAAGGUACUUAAAUUCACAAAAAUGGCUUCAUCAUCCAGUGCUGCCCAAGUACCAUUGAUUGAAUAUUAUGACACCACCACCUUCCAGUCAGCAAAAUGUUCAAAGCUCUAUGAUAGACUGCUGGGAAAGAGCUUCAUUGAAGAGAGGGGCUUUGUAACAGAGAGUUUGGAAGAAAAGAUGCCCGAGUUCUAUGGAAGGUUGGUGACAAGCGGCUGGAUACGCUUUGCAGAUGAACCAAUCAGGGCAAAUCAUACCCUGGUACGGGAAUUCUACGCAAAUGCUGCAGAGGCAGACAUUACACAUAGGGCAAUUGUCAAGGUCAGAGGUGUAAAUGUUCUGUGCAAUGCCUCAAGAAUCAAUGCCUAUUAUAAUCUGCAGGAUGGUGACAACAGCGAGAUGGCACAGAUGUACGAAAACCUGCGGCAACAAUGGUUUGUGACCCACCUUCACGGUGGGGAACAACCAAAGUGGCUCAAUACAAUGCAGAAAAGGAUUGACUCUGCAGAGUUCACCGCUGAAGCCAAAACUUGGCUUGAUAUUGUCACAUCCAGGGUGCUGCCUUCAAAACAUGAUUCAGAGGUGCCGGUUGAGAGGGCUAAAGUAAUUUGUGCUGUGAUGGAAGGAUUGCCUGUUGACGUGGGGAGGCUCAUUAUGCAGGAAAUCCGGGAGGUGGUGCUUGAACGGACCAAGAGCUUAUUCUUCCCAUCACUAAUCACUUACUUGUGCUCCACUGAUGGAGUGCCCACAAGACCAGGCGACAGAGAAAAAGGGCCUGGUGGACCGAUUUAUCCGUUGAAAAAGAGAGGGCCUGGUAAUGUACAAAAGAAAAGGAAGAUUAAUAUAGAUGCAUCAUCAUUUGAGCAGUUCACAGCUACUGCAUCAGAUUCUAUGGGUGGGGCAUCUGCCCCUUCCAUGGCUAUACCAAUCUUGCCACCAUUACAAGAAGCCGCCAGGCCUUUCCAAUAUAUCUCCACCCAGGUCCAUGGGGUGGACAAUCGGAUCCAGCAGCUAGUAGCUAGUCUCCCUGCGGGCCCACAUGGCGAAGGCACAUCUACAGCUCCCUCAGUUCCUAUUGGUCCGACAUUAGCAGGUGUGGUGGAGGACAUGAAGCAUAUCAAAGAAAAGCAAGGAAAAAUUGAGAGGAGGCAGAAAAAGGCGAGGGAGCAUGCGAAGAAGCAAAGCAAAUUCCUGAACAAAAUGAUGAGCAUUCUGAGGAGUGUAUGCGGAGCGCAGCACGACGAGGAGGAAAAUGAGGACGAUUUUGUCCUGCCAGAGCCCAGCAGCUCCAGUUCAGAGAGUGAGCAGAGAUGAUCAUAGCACGCAGUGCUAGCAGGUAUAAAAAAAAAAAAAAAAAAAAAAGUUUUUUUUGUGUGUUGAUGUACUGCAGUGAGGACACUGCAAGUUUUUUGGUUAGGGGUAGGAACCUCCUCGGUUUUUCUUUGCCAGAAUUCUUUUCCCGAGGGGAGUUUAUUUUGUUGAAACUGGCAUGUUUAGGAUGUUACUUAGGUUGAAUAGAAUAAUUUUGUUUUAUUUGGUACGACUUGAUAACUAAUGGCAUGUAUUGUGUUUGUGCAAAUUGUUGGACCCCUCGAAA